AUGGCUACAGCUGUCGUACUUGGCGGAGGGGUCAGCGGACUGGCCGCGGCUUAUUAUCUUCAGCGACAAGUGUCCAGAUUUUCUAAGAUUAUUUUAUUGGAGGCUAGUCACAGACUUGGAGGCUGGGUGAGUACAACCCGUUUCCCAGAUGGUGCCAUCUAUGAACAUGGACCCCAUUCCUUGCGUGCUACUGGCAAACCCGGUCAACACACUCUUACACUUUUGCAUGAACUUGGUUUAGAAUCUGAAAUCCUUCCUGUGACCCAAACACACCAUGGAGCCCAAAACCGAUAUAUCUUUUACAAAAACCAACUUCACUGUUUGCCUACAAGUUUUAGUAGUAUUUUUAAAAAGUCAUCUCUCCUCUCUCAAUCACUCGUCUGGAGUUUAAUUCGAGACCUUGUGAGCAAACGUGCACCAACUGAUGAUGAUGAAACAGUCCAUAGCUUUAUAAGCAGACGUCUUGGAACUGAGGUGGCUGAUGUCUUAAUGAGUUCUAUGUGUCGAGGCAUCUUUGCUGGUGAUGUGCACAAGUUAAGUGUACGUGCUUGCUUUCCUGACUUGUAUCAGUUGGAACAAAACCACAGAUCUUUGGUAUUGGGAAGUUUAUUUGGAGGAAAAUCUCCAGCUAAUACUUGUCCGUUAGUGAAGAAAUCAAGACAAGAGAAAUGGGCACUCUAUUCUUUGAAGCAAGGACUUGAACAAUUGACGGAAACAUUGACUCAAGUGUUACAUCAAAACCCAAAGUGUGAGUUGAGGUUACAAUCACCUUGCACAGGGUUGCAGCUAGAUUCAGGAAAAGCCACUGUUCAAACAGAAAAUGAUUGUAUCAAAGCUGACCAUGUAUUUUCCACAAUAUUUGCCCAAUAUCUGAGUCCUUUGUUAUCAGAUAGUCACAAAGACUUAAAGCAGCCUCUUGCACAGAUUUCAGGAGCUAAUAUUAUUGUAGUGCAUUUGGAAUUUGAUGGCCAAGUCCUUCCUCAUCAGGGAUUCGGACAUCUUGUUCCUCAUAUUGAGCAUACAUAUUUCUUGGGGGUUAUCUAUGAUUCAAGUGUUUUUCCUUCUCAAGACUGUCAAAGUUCUACUUCAACACGGCUCACAGUAAUGAUGGGGGGCAGUUGGUUUGAUCAGCUACUUGACGUUUGUCCUGAGAUGUCAGAAGAGAGCUUGACAGAUUUGGCAUUAAAAUUUGUGUCUGAACAGCUUGGAAUUUCCGCUCCUCUACGGAGAUCUCAAGUUAAGCUACAAAAAAACUGUAUUCCUCACUAUCAACUUGGCCACAAAGACAGACUCAGCCAGAUGCAAAACUACAUUGCAUCAUACCAACUUCCUUUAAGUUUGCUUGGUUCCUCUUACAAAGGACCCAGUGUCAAUGAUUGCAUCCUUAAUUCCCGAUUAGUUGUUGAUUCUUUUGUGUCUCCUUAA